UCCUCCUUUCGUUUAGCCUUAUUCAUCUUAAUUUCAUUCAAUUCUUGAUCGAUCGAUCGAUUGAUUACAUCAAAAAGAAAAUGGCAGACGUAGUGGCUUCCGGCGUCCUGAACUCAUUGCUGGACAGACUGAGGGACCGAAUCACAAGCGAGUUUGGUCAGCUGAUGGACGUCGGCACCGAGCUGAAGAAGCUGGCGGGCACCCUCUCCGCCAUCCGCGACGUGCUCGAGGAUGCGGAGGCGCGGCAAGUGCAGGAGAAAGCUCUCAAAGGGUGGCUGCGACGCCUCAAAGACGUGGCCUAUGAUAUCGACGAUCUGCUAGACGAGGGCUUGGCCAAGAACCGGAAGAGGAGUUUAGCUGAUCCGGAAAGCAGUACUGCUAGCUGGAUGAUGGGAACGGUGAGUAACCUGUUAUCUUUGCCUGACUCAUUUAUUUCUCAGUUUAAGAUUGGUAGGGAGAUUAGAGAGAUUAGGGAGAGACUAGAUGAGCUCGCAGAGGGGAGAUCUAAGUUUCAUUUGCAAGAGAGAUCUUUAGUAAUAACAUGUUGCAGGCAAGAGAAUGCCGCGAGAGGAGAAACCGGCUCUUCCGUAAUUGAAUCGGAAGUUUUUGGUAGGGAAGAAGAUAAGAAAAAGAUCAUCGAAUAUCUUGUGGACACGUCCGGAGGUGAUCUCGGGAUUGUAGCAAUUGUUGGGAUGGGAGGGGUUGGCAAGACGAGGCUCGCCCAAUUUGUCUAUAAUGAUCAACAAGUAAGCAACCACUUUGAGAAGAAAAUAUGGGUGUGUGUUUCUAACGAUUUUGAUCCUAAAAGACUUGUCAGAUCGAUAAUAGAAUAUAUAACGGGAAAUGCUUGCGAUCUCACGAGCAUGGCAUCGAUGCAGUCUAAACUAAGACAGGAUCUUGGAAAAAAGAGAUUUUUGCUCGUGUUGGAUGAUGUAUGGAAUGAAAAUUAUAAGGAAUGGGACCAUGUUAGGACUCUACUAGUAACAAUUGGUGGUGUGGGAAGUAAAGUUAUAGUGACCACCCGAAGCAGCCAAGUAGCCUACCUAAUGGCCACGGCGGAGCCGCACUAUUUGAAGGCUUUAUCCGAGGAUGAUUGUUGGUUGUUGUUUGAGAAAAGAGCAUUCGGAGUAGGCGCCUGUGAAAAGACCAAAAAAUUGGUUGCCAUUGGAAAGGAGAUUGUGAAAAAAUGCGGCGGUAUCCCGUUGGCGGCAAAGGCUUUAGGUAGCUUGAUGCAUUCGAAAAGAAGGGAGAGCGAUUGGUCGGCAAUCUGAGACAAUGAGAUUUGGAACUUAGAAGAGAAUGAGAUUUUGCCGGCUCUCAGGUUGAGUUAUAAUCAUUUACCGUCGCACUUGAAGCAGUGCUUCGCAUAUUGCUCCAUAUUUCCAAAGGAUAUUUUUAUAGAAACUGAGACUCUGAUCCAACUUUGGAUUGCUGAAGGCUUCAUUCAGCCGCCAUUCGACAAAAGUGUGGAAUUGGCGGACGUGGGUAUGCAAUAUUUGAAAGAGCUAUUAUCGAGAUCACUAGUUGAGAAAGUUGAUAUAUGGUCAGAUGGCACAUUAACCAAUAUCAAGAUCCAUGAUUUAGUUCACGAUCUUGCGCAAUCUGUUUCCGGUGAAGAAUGUUCAAUCGUCGACAAAGACGGUCACAGGAAGGGCAUUUAUCCUAUGACACGUUAUUCAUCAUUUAUCUACGCAAAAGAGUCGACACCAUCGAUUUUAGAGAUCCUCGAUAGAGCCAAGAAGCUGAGAACCUUCUACUUUCAUGCAUCACAUGGUGUUCUGGUGGAAACAGAGAACUCUCAAAAACAGAAAGACGAGGAAGAUACGAUGUUGCAAAUUCUUCAAACUACUUUCUCUAGCAUGAGGCUUCUAAGGGCGCUUCAUCUCAGAUACUACCCGAUCGAAGAGUUACCGAUUACAAUUAGUAAUCUUAGACAUCUUAGGUACCUCGAUCUGUCGUCCACCGUCCUUAAAACACUGCCAACAUCUAUCGGCCUCCUCCAAAAUCUACAGAUUUUGAACCUACAACAAUGUAGCGUCCUCGAAACACUGCCAACAUCUAUCGGCUUCCUCCAAAAUCUACAGAUUUUGAACCUAAUGCUAUGCGAAUCUUUAAAAGAACUACCAGAAUCCAUUGGUGACCUUUCCAAUCUGUUAACAUUGAACCUUUCUUCCUGCAAGAGCCUUUUUUCCCUACCAAGUUCGACCGGUAAUCUAAGGAGCUUGCAACACUUAGACCUAUCAUUUUCUAGAGUCCAAAAGUUACCUGAAACUGUUUGUCACCUCUCCAAUCUUCGAUCGAUGAAUCUAUGGUGUUGUCACGCUUUAGACGAGCUACCAGUGAGCAUGAAAAACAUGACCACUGAACUAUAUAUUAUUAUGGAUGGUUUGCAUGACUUGACGAUCAUGCCUUCGCAAAGAGGACGCCGAGCUGUCUUUGAAGACUGCUCUGUUUUUUCCUUUCUGAGAAGGGCUCGAGGCACUCCGAGUUAUGCUGGAUUCGAAGGCAACACUCGAAAGAAUUUCGUAAAGCAUUAUAUUAAAAAAAUUGACAAAAUAAGGAUCCAAUAUGGACCCUUGGAUGAAGAGGAUUUUCAUUUGCAAGAGAGAUCUGUAGUAAAAUGCUGUAGGCAAGAGAAUAUUGCAAGAGAAGAAACUAGUUCCUUCGUAAUCGAAUCGGAAGUUUAUGGUCGGGAAGAAGAUAGGAAAAAGAUCAUCGAAUUUCUCCUGGACAAGUCUGGAGGUGAUCUCGGGAUUAUAGCAAUUGUUGGGAUGGGAGGGCUCGGUAAGACGACACUCGCGCAAUUAGUCUAUAAUGAUCAACAAAUAAGCGAUCACUUUGAGAAGAGAAUAUGGGUGUGUGUUUCUGAUGAUUUUGACCACAAAAGACUUGUCAGAUCAAUAAUAGAGCAUACAACAGAAAAUUCUUGCGAUCUCACAAGCAUGGCGUCGAUGCAGUCUAAACUAAAACAGGAGCUUGCGAAAAAGAGAUUUUUGCUCGUGCUGGAUGAUGUAUGGAAUGAAAAUUAUGAGAAAUGGGACAAAUUUAGGACUUUGCUAACUAUUGGCGUGACCGAAAGUAAAAUUAUAGUGACCACCCGCAGUAGUAGAGUUGCCUCAGUAACGGCCACGGUGGAGUCACACUUUUUGAAAACUUUAUCUGAGGAUGAUUGUUGUUUGUUGUUUGAGAGAAGAGCAUUUGGGAUAGGUGCUAAUGAGAAGACCGCAAACUUAGUUACCAUUGGAAAGGAGAUUGUGAAAAAAUGUGGCGGUGUCCCGCUGGCAGCGAAGGUUUUAGGUAGCUUGAUGCGCUCUAAGAGAAGGGAAAGUGAGUGGCUCGCUGUUCGGGACAAUGAUAGUUGGAAGUUAGAAGAGAAUGAGAUUUUACCAGCUCUAAGGUUGAGUUAUAAUCAUUUGCCGUCGCACCUGAAGCAAUGCUUUGCAUAUUGCUCCAUAUUUCCAAAGGAUACUAUUAUAAUAGCUAAGGACCUGAUCCAACUUUGGAUUGCUGAAGGAUUUGUUCAAUCACUCACCGAGAGUGUGGAAUUGGAAGACGUUGGUUACCAAUAUAUCGAAGAGCUAUUAUUGAGAUCACUUUUCGAGGAACAUAGGCAUGUGAUAGGUGCUGUCGUGAUUCAUGAUCUUGUUCAUGAUCUUGCUCAAUUUGUUUCAAGUGAAGAAUGUUCAAGCAUUGCCAAAGCUGUCAAUAGAAGAGACAUAUAUCCUACGACACGUUAUUCAUCUUUUAUCUACACAAUAGAGAUAAUACCUUCCGUUCUAGAGAUCCUCAAUAAAGUCAAAAAGUUGCGAACCUUUUACUUCCUCAAGUCACAUCCUUUUGUGCAGAUAGGAAAUGAAGAUGUGAUGCUGAAGAUUCUUCAAACUGUUUUCUCUAGUAUGAAGCUUCUAAGAGCACUUUAUCUUAAAUACUACCCGAUCAAAGAAUUGCCAAAUUCAAUUAGUAAUCUUAGACACCUAAGGUAUCUCAAUUUGUCAUACACAAACCUCGAAACGCUCCCACAAUCUAUUCGUUUCUUGCAGAAUCUGCAAGUUUUGGACCUGCAAGGAUGUCGAUUUUUAAAAGAAUUACCAGACUCCAUUAGUAAUCUCUCCAAUCUACUAACACUGAAUCUUGAAUGUUGCACAAGCUUUGUCUCCCUACCAAAUUCCGUUGGUCAUUUAAAGAGUUUGCAAACCUUAAACCUCACAUCUACCAGAAUAAAAAAGUUGCCCGAAAGCAUAUGUUGCCUCUCAGAUCUUCGAUCAAUUAAUCUAAGAUGCUGUCUCCUUCUACGCGAGCUCCCGGAGAACAAGAAGAACACAGAAAGUCUUACAUGUCUUAGCACAAGUCAUUGCCAUAAAUUAACGCGCAUGCCCGCUGGACUUAGACUGCCAAUCUACUUUCGAGAAGUACUUCUCUUUGAUCUUUGCGAAAAGAGCGAGUGCGGCCUCAAGGAGCUCAACAGGCUUAAUCCUAAAGGCAUCUUAUUGAUUUAUAGCCUGGAAAAUGUGAAGAAUUUCCAGCAGGCUAGAGAGGCUAACUUAAUAGAAAUGGAUGGCCUUAAUGCACUAUCAUUAGCAUGGGACUUGGAUACUUACAAGAAGCAAAUGGAAGCAUGCGUGCACACUGAUGUAGAAGGAAGAAGCAGGCAAGGUCUGAUCAAUGCACUUGCGGUAGCCGAAGAAGUCCUUGACAGCCUCCAACCGCAUGAAAAUUUGACCCUACUUAAGAUAAUUCGCUACCCGGGCAAAAUUUUUCCGAAAUGGUUGGAGUCAAGUCUCCCAAAUCUUGUUCAGCUUCAGUUAUCUUCUUGUUUCAGAUGCAAGACCCUCCCAAGAAUAAGUCAAUUGCAUAACCUUGAGACCCUUGCUCUCGAGAAGCUUCCCGCCGUCAAGUCUCUUCCGCCUCUCGGGCAGUUGCCUGCUCUUAAAGUCCUGCAUCUCGUUUCUCUCCUAGCCGUCAAGAGUUUGGGCUCAGAGUUCUAUGGUGCAGGCGAUGGUGCGUUCCCUGUAUUGGAGAACUUGAGUCUAGAACACAUGCCUGAGUUGGAGGAGUGGUGUGAAGCGUCAGCUACGCAACGAUCUUUUCCUUGUCUGUCGGAGUUGAGGCUACUAGACUGCCCAAAACUAAAAGAAUUGCCCUUGUCUUUUCCGUCCGUCGAGCAGCUGUAUUUGUGCGCUAAUAGUGAGCUGCUGCUAUCUUCUCUCCCACGCGGCGCAUUUCCAAAUCUCAAGGUUGUACACUUGGCAAAUUCUGAUGACCCUGCUGGACCAUCUGUUCUGCAAAUUCUCGCGGAGCGCUUAACAUUCGUAAAAUGUCUGAACUUCUGCUGGUGGAAUACUAUGCACGGUGAUGAUCUAGACUUCAUCAGAUGCUUUGCGGAACUCCCAUAGCCUUUGUUUUGGAAUAUUGUAUACAGUGGCCAUAGAAAAAAAAAAAAAAUUAAGAAAAUGUGUUGAUGUUUGCGGGUCUUUAAGUCUAUUCUUCUGCAAGUUUGUAUUUUAUGACUUUGUAUUUUGUAAAUUUGUUUUAGUGGGUACUUUUUAAUACCAGUUCAAUCAUUAAUGCUCGUUCUCUAUAGUGUUAUAUUAUAUCAGAUUAUAUAGAAUGUGUGGCCAACUUGAAAAAAAAAAAAAAACAAACUCACUUAUGGUUUCUCCUGCAUUGUAAUUUUCUUCUCCCGCAAAUAAAACCAUCAAAUUCACUUAUGUAUUCUACUACUUUCUUUAUUAAAUUUAAAAUUCAAAUUUAAUAAGUUAUCCAAUUU